CCGCUUCCGGUGACGUCGGAACGCUCGCGACGUUGUCAUGGUGAACAUGCUCGAGCGUCGCGUUCUCGUCUUGUCUAAACGGUGCCUAGUUUAGCAAAUAGGUGAUGUUUGCCAGUUAGUCGAGAUGUGGAGUCGUGGAGGACCGAGUUCAGUUCUAGACCGGGCAAAGGCUCAGCUCUCUGGACAGAGAAUCACAAACAAAGGGUUAGCAAGGGACAAAAGAGAUGUGGAAAACCCUGGAAAAUACAUGCCACCGUCUAAGCAGAUGCAAUUCCAGGACCUGAAUGACAUCUUUUCACCAUCAGAGAGUGAAAACCAGGAGCUUGUGAAAACGACAGCAUUGGAGAGUUUCAGCUUGGGUGGCGGGAGCCGAUUUCUGAAGAAAACUUCUAAAGAUGUCACUGGUGACAGACUGUCAUCUGCUCCUACAGGAAGUCCUGCUGGAAUAGAUGAAUUUAAGUUAAUACCUCAACGCAGUUCACAAAGCGUGGCUUUGAGUAGACUAGCGCUCAUCGAGAACCGCAUCAGAAAGCAGAAAAUCAAAAACGAUGGCCCCAGUAUACAUACAAACUUCUCCGAACCACAAGAGACAUGUUUAUCUGUCCAGUCCAGCAGCGAUCUGAGCAUGACAGGCAGUCACUUUCUAAAGAAGACGACCGUGUCGGCACCUCAAGAGCAGAAGGUUCCUGAAAGAACGUCUGGUCCGAAUGAACAUAAAGAAAGGAGAGACAGUUUAGACAGUGAUGAACAGGACAUGCGAAGACUUCUAGGAGAAUCUUUUAGCUUAUCAGAAGGUUCCUUGCAAAAUGCAGUGAGGCAGAAGAGUCCUCAACCAGUUAAAAAGUUAUACAAAAAGAGCGGUGAAAAGUCCACCGUACCUUCACCAACUCCUGAAAGACACAAGGUUUUCAACCAUCAAAGUCUUUCCCCUCCCCCCAGCAGGCCUGAGUCACGUAUAGUCCGGUUUACUGAACAUUCAGUGUCCUCUGAAACAGAUCACAGUGAGAUCCGGUCUUUGGAUGAUCUUUUUCCUGUUGCUGCGGCACUUGAUUCUGAUGAUACUCUGAGUGAGAGGAGUGCGGCAUUGGAUGAUUUCAAACUGAACGUAAUGACACUGGAUGAUCUUGCCCCUCUACCUUUUGAAGCAGCUGAAAUCUCACAAGAAAAGAAAGAAACACAAGCCAGAACAGAAGAUCGUAACAAGAAGUCAUCCAACAUUUCAAAGGUUGCUUCACCACCCACAAUGGAAGAUGCCUCGGCUGCCUACGAGAGCGAUUUUGAGAGCGAGAUCCCAUCUGAGACACCACAGAGCGCCAGUGAGAUCUCCGAACGUCUCACAGAUAAAGACAAAGAUGCCUCACUGAUCAGCGAGGUGAGGCACAGCACAUACAAAUCCCAGGAUGGCGACGACGAUGACCAUACUUUAUCACAAUCAUCGUCAUCCAGUCACCACUCAGACUCUUCCUUGAGGUCUAGCUUGUCCAAUGCAACAGUGACACAUGGCCCCAGUCCUGACCGUCAUGUAAAGGAGGUUGCGGUACAGACUCAGACAGAUGGACUAACUUACACAUGGUCUUCUGGGAUGGCUGCUGUUGGUCCGUCAGUGGGCAUGACGUACGUGGACCCCACCCCAAUAGCCAGUCAUACAGUCAGCGCUGAAGCCAUUGAGAGCUUGACGGCAUACAGUCCUGCCGUUUUUGCACUCAACGAUAUGUUGCGGCAGCAGUUGGAACUCACUAGAGGAUUCAUCGACUCCACCAGACGUCACUACACGUCAGUGAUUGAGUCAUUGGGACCUGCUGACUACAAAUACACCACACUAGAGGAUACUAAAGAGUUUAUUCGCACUCACAGGCCACCCAAAAUGAGUAUUGAAGACGCUUUAGAGGAAGUUCUACAGGAAAUGAGAGACUAUCAGUACAGUUGAAUAGAUGAUCAAUAUUUUGGAUGCAUCAUCCAUAGAUUAUAAACAGCCAAAACUUUUCAAUCAUUGUUCAUGUAAUAACGUGCCUAAAUACACCAGCAUUUUUCAGUAUCUGUUCAUUGUGUUUCACUUCAAUCGUUCAUGCAUAA